UCUUUCAUAUUUAGGGAAGCAGUAGCUGAUGUAGAGUACAAAGGGUACCUUAUUCCAAAAGGUUGGAAGGUAAUGCCUUUGUUCAGGAAUAUUCAUCACAAUCAAGAAUUCUUUACUGAACCCCAGAGAUUUGAUCCUUCAAGAUUUGAGGUUGCCCCAAAGCCCAACACUUUUAUGCCAUUUGGCAGCGGAGCACACGCCGGUCCUGGUAAUGAGCUUGCAAAGCUGGAAAUGCUCGUACUGAUCCACCACCUAGUCUCCAAGUUCAGGUGGGAAGUGGUGGGAUCUAAUAGUGGAGUUCAGUAUGGUCCAUUUCCGGUCCCUCUGCGUGGACUCCCGGCCAGAUUAUGGAAAGAAUCUACCGCCUAGCACCUAAGGACAAGAAGGAGCAG